CAAAGAAUUGAAUAUCAAGAAAAUAUUUCAUUUUUUCGAUUCUAUUGACUUUCACGAUCCACGAUUGAGAAGUUGAUUUAUUUCAACAUCAAUGAGCCAAAUAUGGCAUCACUUUACUGUUACAUUUUUUUACAACGCGAACGUAAGAGGGCGAUAUGCAUUGACGAAUGUGCGUAGGUAACGAGAAGAAGAAUUACAGUAACAGAACCGUUUCAUCUUAUGUGUCAAUAGGAUGAAUCUAUCAUAUAACAAUUUUAUGCAAUUACUUACAGAUGAAUUCCUUUUUAUAAGCUGUUAUAAGCCAUAUGUAAUUUAUGAAACGCCUUAGAACAUGCAAAAUAAUAACUCAUAUGUUGGUUUACACACCGAGCAAAAUAAAUCAUAAUUUUAACACACAGAUUUACAUAUGUAUGCACAUUCCACAAUGAAUUAAGUAUCAUCACGGAAACACUGAUCAUUUUUGUUCCAUUCUACAGGUUUUCACGAUUUAAAUGUGUCCAAGACUGGACUUUACUCAGCAAUCAUUCAACGAAAUAUUGCAAGUCAACAUGCGCUGUCUGAGCAUCACUAUUCGGCAACGUUACUGUUAUACUUGUGAUAUUCUUUUUUGUAUGCAACAACAACGCGAUCAAACGGGUGAUAAGUGUUGGCGAAUAGGCGUGGGCACCGAAACAAAAGGAGAGUUACAGUUACUGCGCCGAGGCGCCAUUGCGCAUAUACGUAUGUAUGUAUGUAAACAUGCUUAAACAUGAAUAUGUAAUGCAAAAAGUGCUUCUUUUGUCACUGUACAUAUCUAUGUACGUAUGUAUGUAAAUCGCUCGCUGAAAAAAAAAAUAAAUCAUGAUAGUUAUUCCCGUUUCUGGGCCAUAUUAAAAAUAGGAAUAUGCAAACAUGGUUUUUAUGCAUGAAUAUUUUAGGCAAGCAAUAUUUUCCCCCAUCUUGACUCCCUACCUAUUAAAUGCAGCCCAUUGCCCACGACAAGAUUCAUUCUUUGCGCAAGCGCAGUAUUCUGCUGGCCGGAAUAAAACAGAGCGUCCGUUGGGAAGCGGCCAACAGUCAUCAUUGGCCCACAGACGAGAUGAGCUCGAUAACGCUGUUGGCAUUUGUUUUGUGGCUACUCUGCUCCUCGUUUCUGGCCGCCGAGAGCAGUCUGCCCGGCAAGGACACAUGGUUGCGUCCUGGCUGCCAUAAGGUGGGAAAUACGCGUAAAAUCUCAAUACCCGAUUGUGUGGAGUUUACGAUUACAACGAAUGCUUGUCGUGGCUUUUGUGAAUCCUAUGCUGUUCCAUCGGUACCAACGGCAUUGACGGGUUUGUUCAGACCACCCAAGCCGGUUGUGUCGGUGGGUCAGUGCUGUAACAUGAUGAAAUCCGAGGAGAUACAACGCCGUGUGCUUUGCAUUGAGGGUAUACGCAAUGUGACCUUCAAAAGUGCCGUCUCUUGCAGCUGCUAUCACUGCAAAAAGGACUAGAGGAACCGCCUGAAAAUAAAAAAUAUAUGUAUUUAAAUUUUAUGCCUGAGCCACACUUAAGUUAUUUCAAACUUUAGGUACAAUUAAUAAAUAUUAAAAUUAAA